AUGACGAAACUAGUCCGCGAGCUCAUGCCAUGCAAUGCCCCUAGCGAUCACGCGCAUGCGACUGACGUCGAUAGUCAUGAUUCCGUGCAAUACAAGAUUAUUGACUCGGCAGCCAACAAUAGCUCAGCGCCACCGGCCGGCUCCAGUGAAAAGCAGGAUGAAGUUAAGAAGGAACGCGAAAAGCCAACUUUCCCAGUAAUUAUUGGCUCGGAAGCGUCCCCUCUCUCAACGCAAACCCGGGCCACCCUCCCAGAGGUCGACGUUGACGUUUCCCUCAUGCCAACCAAGAUCUUCUUCCCCAGGUUUGAAACAGAGGGGAUGACCAGCGGAGCAGUCCAACCUCCAGGAUCGACAGGGACAGAUACCUCCUCGCCUUUACAAAUUUCUCGUGAUGACGCAUCAUACACAUCAUCGAGGGGUACCAAAUCACAUGCUGAAGAUAUCUCACAUACAGCGACAGAUUCUGAAAACAGUAUCACAGACCUUAAAGAGGGCCACGGAGAAAAGGAAGUGCCUGAAAUCGAAGAAGUAGAACCGAUGGAGGAUGCUCUUAUCCUGGAUGGAGGUACUGGCAUCCCGAUAGGGCCCGAUGGUGUACCACACCCACUUUUACCCCCGAUAUCAUCCCAACACAAGGGGCGCAAAUGUCUCGUCCUUGACCUCGACGAGACCCUUGUUCAUAGCAGUUUUGGGUCUCUUCAACACGCGGAUUAUAUUGUACCAGUGGAGAUUGAGUGUCUUUGGCACGAUGUGAACGUCACCAAGCGUCCGGGUGUGGAUGACUUCCUGAAGAAGAUGGGCGAAAUCUAUGAGGUGGUGGUAUUCACCGCCAGCGUGAGCAAGUUUGCGGACCCGGUCCUAGAUAAGCUAGACAUUCAUCAAGCAGUGUCGCAUCGACUAUUCAGAGAGAGUUGCUAUAGUCAUAAUGGAGACUAUGUCAAGGAUCUCUCCCAGCUGGGUCGCCCGCUUGCAAGUAUCGUCAUUCUGGACAAUUCUCCGGCAUCAUAUACUUUCCACCCCAAUAAUGCGAUCCCUGUUUCUUCCUGGUUUAAUGAUCCACAUGACACGGAGCUCACUGAUCUCUGUCCUUUCCUUGUGGAUCUUGGUGGCGUAAGAGAUGUUCGUGGGGUCUUGGAUGCUGAUCUCAGUAUGAGUGAUGGAGUAUUGGAUCUAAGGAACCAGAAAUCAAGAGGGCUGUGA